AUGCCCAAUAAGACUCCAACGUGCUAUUCUAUUGUGGUAUUAAAUGUUCCACCGCAAUGGGAUGUCUAUCAGCUUGAAAACGAUUUCAAAAUGCAACAUUCAACUGUAGUAAAAGUUGAGCGGUUAUUCAUUAAUGGUGGAAAACCAAUAUCAAAGGUACGUGUCGAUUUUUCGGAUAGUCGGGAGGUAACUGGAAUUUUAAAACAAAAGAAAAUCUUAUUAGACGAAAAUAGCACAGCUUAUCCAGUUGAACUGUAUAUCCCACCAAUGAGAGUUUUACGAUGUUACAAUUGUCAAAAAUAUAAUGAUCAUAUAGCAGCAAAUUGCCCUGAUUUAGACAAUCCUGUCUGUUUUAAAUGUGGACAGAGCCACCCUUUCAGUCCAAAAUGUACAAAUCAAAUCUGCUGCGCUCAUUGCCAGGGACCGCAUAUGUCGGGGAGUCCACAAUGUCCGGUCAAGGCAGCAGAACGAAAAAAAUGUAAUGACGAAACAAAAAAGAAGAAUAACAAUAAUACAAAUGUGCGUGCUCAGCAACAGUUUGGGACAAAUCCAUGGACAAACCACUCAAAUAAUGUCUUAUACGGACAAUCGCAAGCGACAACAACGAAUAGUUUUAUUGAGAAACUACAUGAUGCUAUGCCAACGAUAAUUGUACAACAAAAAGAAUUAGACGCUAAAAAGGAAAAUAAAUUCUCAACAUUAGCUCAAGAAUUUGACGAAUAUUUUAUGCCUCAUUGUACUCCUGACUCCAUGAUGAGUCUCCAACGUUGA